AUGGGUUCCCCCGAAAUCAAGAGCAGCAGCCUGGAGCCUCCACAGCCGUCUGCUUUGCCUGAGACGCCAUUGGACCUCAAACAUUGGUGGCGCCUGAAGAACCUUCGCACACUCAAUCUCCUACUCUUGAUUCCUCUUCUGUCCAUCUUUGCGCAGGGAUUCGAUGGAUCUAUGAUGAACGGUCUCCAGUCUGUUUCCCACUGGCAGAGCUACUUUGGUACUCCCACGGGUGGCACCCUUGGGUUUUUCAACGCUGCAUACCCGCUUGGGGGCAUUUUCGGCGUCUUCCUUAUCUCUCCCAUGGCCGACACGUAUGGCAGAAGAGUCGGUCUGGCUACGGGCGCUGCGCUCUGCUGUCUCGGUGCUGCCCUACAGGGUGGUGCGAUCAACAUGCCCAUGUUCAUCAUCUCGCGCAUUAUCAUUGGCGCAGGGAGUGUCGUUGUCGCUGGUGUUGGUGCUCCUUAUAUCACUGAAGUUGCCCACCCCGCCCAGCGCAGUACUGCCACUGCUUUAUUCCUGACCUUCUACUCGGUCGGAUCCAUCGUUGCAGGCUGGAGUACCUUUGGCACAUUCCGCAUCGACGGCACGGCCUCGUGGCGGAUUCCUUCAUCUUUACAAGCGGCCCCAUCGGUGAUACAGCUUGUCUUCGUCUGGUUUGUUCCCGAGUCCCCACGCUGGCUCGUCAGCCAGGGUCGGAAUGACGAAGCGCUCGCGAUCCUCGUCAAGUAUCACGGAGAGGGCAACAACAGUGACCCAGUUGUCCAAUUCGAAUACGAGGAAAUCCAGAGCGCCCUGAACUCGGAGAAGAACAUCUCCCAGAUGACCAUCAUCUCCUUCCUGCGCGAGUUGGUGAGCGGACCUGGAAACCGCAGGAGGAUGUUUAUCAUGGUCUGGGCCGCCAUCUGCUCGCAGAUGUCUGGCAACGCCUUUGUCUCGUACUAUUUGUCUCCGAUCCUGCACUCCGUCGGACUCAAGUCGGAUCUACAGCAGACUCUCAUCAAUGCCACGUCGCAAAUGGUCUCCUGGUUCAGCGCAUUGUACUUCGCGACUCUCCCUGCAAGACUCGGUCGUCGAACGCUCUUCCUCUGGUCGCUCGUCCUGAUGUGGGUGGUUGUUAUCUGCAUCACGGCUGGAAGCGCCGUUUUCGACCGGGACAUGAACAAGGCGGCCGGGUAUAGCGUUGUGGUAUUCCUAUACCUCUUCUCCCCAUGCUAUAACCUCGGAUUCAACGGCAACCUGGGCCUCUACAUCCCCGAGAUCCUCCCCUUCCACCUGCGGACCAAGGGGCUGUCGUUCUUCUACUUUGUGCAGUUCUGCUUCAUGAUCCUGUCGACGUUUGCGGUCCCCAUUGGGCUGGAGGAUAUCCAGUGGCGGCUUUAUAUUAUUUUCGUGGUCUGGAUCAUGGUCGAGUUUGCUGGGGUUUACUUCAUCUUCCCCGAGACCAAGGGGCCGACUCUUGAGGAGAUUGCGUCGAUUUUUGAUGCACCGGGCGCGAGGUUCAGGAAUGUAGAGGCUGGGCAGGCCAAACGUGAAGUUGAACAUAUCAGUUGA